AACAUGUUCCACUCCAGGCCUCAGUCGCAAUCCAGCUCCUUGGCCAAGUUUGCUCCACUCCUGACCUUUGUCUUGACUUUUGUCGGGGCCAAAGGGGACUACGACUGGUAUGGCGACUAUUCGGGCUCUGAAUUGGACUACAUUUUCGCGGAUGUGAACUACGAUGCCGUCUGCCCACCGGGUGGCCAUCCAGCUUGUGCCUCCGAUGGCUACAACUACCAUCCGUUUUCGAGCAAGUGUCGCCUGGACUCGCAGAACUUGAAGCUACUAUUCGCCGGCAAGAAGGAACUUAUCCAAACCGAUCUGAAGUACUGUUCCUCGCAUCCCGGCCAAUCGUAUGGGCCCCCUGCUCAUGCCCAGGUUUACUAUCCCAAGAACUCGCCCGUCCAGAGCUAUGCCCCGGUUCAGUAUUCCUCUUCGUCUGGCCAGAAUUCGUUUGCCUAUGCCGCUGCCAGUGGUCCCUAUGGCGCCAAGGCAUCGGCCGAGGCUCCUGGUCCGUAUCCUGUGGCUGCUCCUUCCUACUCCGUUUCCUAUCCUUCCGCUCCUGUUCCCGUUCCCGCUCCCGUUCCCGCUCCCGCUCCCGCUGCCUAUGCCCCACCCCCAGCCAAGUAUCCUUCCCGUCCAGCCAAGUACCCCGUACCAUUCUCCUCCUACCCCGCCUAUGCCGCUGUUCUAAGCUUUGAACCACCAAGCACCACCAAGGCGCCAUCUAGCGGAUCGACUGCGACCUCGGCCACCAGCUCCACCACAAAAGCCAGCAGAUAUCCAGCAUACCCCACAACCACUGCAGCAACAACCACGGCGGCAACAACCACCGCAGCAACAACCACGGCAGCAACAACCACGGCAGCAACAACCACCGCAGCAACAACCACGGCGGCAACAACCACGGCAGCAACAACCACUGUGGCAACCACCAAAGCGGCAACAACCACAGAGGCAACCACCAAAGCAGCAACAACCACAGAGGCAACUACUAAAGCAGCAACAACCACUGUAGCAACAACUAAGGCGGGAACAACCACAGUGGCAACCACAAAGGCAGCAACUACUGCAGCAGCAACAACCAAGGCGGCAACCACUGCAACAGCAACAACUAAGGCAGCAACCACUGCAUCAGCAACAACCAAAGCAUCAACCACUGCAGCAGCAACAACCAAAGCAGCAACCACUGUAGCACCAACAACAGCAGCUCCUUCUGUAAGUAUACCCUAAACCACCAAUCCGACCAUUUCAGAACCCCUAAAAACUGAAUGGAAAACACAUCGAUCAGCACCACCACCCAUGAACGCCACACUUGAAGGCCUAGGAAAACCACCGAGAAAUCACUUAAAGAUAUCACCCAACGAAAUAUUAAUUUUAGCCUCAGCAAUGUGUAGAGUGUUCAAUUUAGCCAAAAUGAAACAAUCAGUACAGCACAUAAACAACUUGAUUCGAUAGCAUCUGUUGUUUGGAUUUUUGGAGCACUGAGAGAAAGUAUUACUACACAAAUAUAUAUCAAAAUGUGUUUGAUCUUAUUUAAAAGAUAAAAUAUCAAACUUUUAAAAGGUAUACAACAUUUUUGGUUUCAUACCUUAUUAAACCUUAUAUGGUUUUUUGUUAUUUAAUUCUAUGAUGAUUUUACAAUAUUAAUAAAAUCUAAAAGCCUCUAGUUUCAAACUAAAUAAAUAUUUCAAACACCACAAUGUUAU